CAGGUUUCUCUGCUCUUGCCCAACCUGUCGAUGUGAGGUGAAAACAAUCCUCUCUCCUCGUAGCUUCAGAUCUCAGAAACUAAUAUUGUUUCACACUCUCCCUCAUCUCGUGCCCUUCCUGUUACCUAGGGCCGCCGGAGACACAUGGACACAUCAUCACAAUAGGAGUGUAUUGCAAACGCUUCCAGCCAAACUUCAAGUCAAGACUUUCGGAGUGCAUUUCACAGGUGGAAUCAGUGUUUGGAAUCACAUAGUGAGGGAGAGAAGACCUUCUAUAAUCAAAGGACACUUGAAAGGAAAGACUGAAUCCCCACUAAAAUGCAUGAGAAGAACAAAUCCCUUUUUGCCCUCUUCCUGCUUUUCUAUGUCCCUCUCACCUGCCUAUGUCAGUCAACCAACAGCAGCUCAUUCAAUACCACAACUAGCACAACAGACACUUCCUCUCCCUCCUCAAAUGUUACUUCCCUGAAGGGCGUGCCAGGCUGUGGCAAAGGACUGCAUCCCAUCUAUAGGUACCUGUGUGACCGUCGGGCAGCAUGGGGUAUUGUAUUGGAGACCCUGGCCUCUUCAGGCUUCCUGUUCAGCAUGGGACUCCUUUUAGGCCUGCUGCUCUGGUCCCUGUGGAUUUGUAUUUCAUUCAGGCGACAACGCAGCAGCAUUGGAGGCGCAGUUGCCUGCAUGUCCAUGUUCUUGUUGGCCACAGCUGGGAUCUUUGCCAUCACUUUCUCCUUCAUCAUCAGCCUCACACCUCAGACCUGUCCCACCAGGAUCUUCCUCUUCAGUGUGCUCUUCUCCCUGGCCUUCUCCUGCCUGCUGGCGCGCUGCCUUGCUCUGCUGGGCUUCGCAGCUGCCCGGGGCUGGGGGGAACCGGCCCUCGCCCUGGGGCUCUUCAUCGUGCAGGUCAUCAUCUCUACCCAGUGGCUGAUCGUCGUCUUGGUUCGGGACAAAAACCCUUGCGAGUACAGCCAGGAAGAAUUUGUCAUGCUGCAGAUCUAUGUGCUGUGCCUCCUGGCUAUCAGCUUGAUCCUCGCACUGCACUUCCUGUGCCGCUCCUGCUUCACAUACAGCUACAGCUACACAGGAGCACACCAGCAGGGAAGGGCACAGGCCACGUUACUCUGCCUCACACUGCUGUUCUCCACCUGCAUCUGGGUGGUGUGGAUCACUAUGCUUAUCAGGGGAAACCCUGAGGUUGGCCGCCGGCCACAAUGGGAUGACCCAGUGCUUAGCAUUGCCCUGGUGGCAAAUGGUUGGGUAUUACUGAUGGGGCAUGGAUUGUCUCAGGUCGCCUUCCUCUGCAGAGGCGAGGCCAGGUCCAAGGACAGGCCUUUGAGCUUUUCAGGCUGGACCAGCCCCAGCGCUGAUAUUCCAGGACUGAACAGCCCAAAGGAGGGGAAAGAAAAUGGAAGUUUCGAGAAUGAUGGAGAUAACAAGAGAGGCAGGAGAACUGAGCCUCCGCUGCGAUCACCCUACGAGUCUGGAUUCUCCAUGACAGAAAUUGACCCUGACAAAGACUUCACCAUCCCUCGCCCUCAGACCACCAACUAUAGGGAACCUUAUGAUGAAUAUUAUGGAAAUGAUUAAAAUCACACCCAUGUUAAUGUCUUGUUCUUACUCACACAUGCCUAUAUAUGCCAAAACCUAAGACGAGGGUGACCCAACUGCACUAAUCUGUACUUGGCACAAAAAUCUGUUUUUCUAUGUUUCAUUUUCUUGUGCAAAUGUAAAUAUAUCAGUUGAAUGUUGUAAGAAGUGUUAUUUCAAAUCUGCCAUGAGGAUGCAAAAUCCUCCAUCCCGAAAAGAUGAAAGAAAAAGAAAAAAAAAAAAAAAAGACUUAGCAGUAUGACUCAUCCGCUUGAGUUUCAUCACUGAGGCUGGAUGGGUUCAGAUAGUCCAGCUUUCUUCUGGCGGGAAAUCCACAUCACAAAAGCUGAGAGGAAGUGAGUCUCUAUGGUUGUGUGCGCGUGUGUGUGUGCACAUUGUGUGCUACUCUGAGAUGGUAUAUAAUAGCCCCGAGGUAGCAGAAGAGGUGUGAAACUGUCGCUCUGAAGGUGCCAAACUGCUGAGCAGAGCAGAGGCUGUGAAUUGUAAAGAGGAGGGAUGAGAGGCGAAGGAACAAGGGAAAAGAAGAGGAGAGGAAGAGAGAUUAGAUGAGAUGAGACAAGACAGUAGGAGGAUAGGACAAGAGACCUGUCAGCACUGUGGGAGGCUCGUGCCAUCACUGAUUAACAUCUUCAUAUUCAAAGUUACAUUACAUUUGGUUGGUUCUGUCAGUGCUGCUGCACAAAGAAAAAAAAAAAACAAGGGAUGUGUUCUGUGUAUGUGGAAAGAUAUGAGUUAAACAAGGUGAACCUUUUUCCAGCAGUGCGGGUUUCAAUGAUACACUAUUUGUCACCAAUAAAAGGUUCAUCUAUAAAA